UCUGAAUAACACUAAUCACCUGGAAGUCUGAUUUCUGUUAAACUUGAUGUCUCUCAUUUGGCUGACCCUGUUGCUCUCAGGUAAGCUGCUCUUUUUGGCAAAAGAAACUCCAAGAAUGCAAAGUAUGAUUGUAGGUAAACAGAAUUGUAAGGUAAACAGCAUGGUUUUGUUGCAACCAUUUCUGAUUUGUAAAAAUAUUUUGUAUAUCUUGAAUUAAAUUGUUUGCUCUUUUAAGUGUAGCAGCUCUAUGACUCACUGCUUACUUUACUUUUGGUCAGCUCUCUCACAGAUUCAGUUUCAGUAAUUUUUUUAAACAUUACUGUCAAAUUAUAUGUGAAACGUGUUUGUGUUAAACUUAUUGCAUUUGAAGCACCACAACCACCAUUGUAGACAAAUAUACAUUCAUGUAUGAAAUUGAAAAGCUUUAGAACUGUAAAGCUACACAAAGCCCACAUGUUACAUGAUAAAUGUUUACUGAUAAAAGCUUAAACUUAAUUUCCAUGAUGUCUGUCAAUGUAAAAAUGUGAUAACCUUUCACUCAAUACAUACCCACAUGUACCACCAGUAUGCACUGUGACGUAUUAAAUGGAGCAAACUUUUAGCAAGGCUGGCUGGACCAACUUUGAAAGCGACCCAGAGACCCCAUCAUCUCAUCUGGCCAAAUGUGUGCCGGAGAAGCCAAAGAGAUCAGCUCUGAACCAGCUGACCAGGACCCUCCUCAGGAAUUAUGACUGCGGAGUUAGACCUGUUCACAACUGGACCAGUUCUACUACGAUCUACAUAGACCUCAUACUGCAGUCAGUCCUUGAUGUGGAUGGAAAGACCCAGACCAUAACUACAAGUAUUUGGUACAGACAGAUCUGGACGGAUGAGUUCCUGAUUUGGGACCCGGAGGAGUUUGAUGGCAUCACUGAGAUAUCACUGUCAUCUGAUGCCAUCUGGAUUCCUGAUGUUAUCAUUUGUGAAUUUGUGGACGGGGGGAAGUCCCUACCAAUCCCAUACGUGUACGUGAACUCCUCUGGCUCUGUGAAGUACUACCAGCCCAUGCAGGUGGUACUGGCCUGCAGCCUGGAGAUGUACGCCUUUCCAUUUGACAAGCAAAACUGCAGCUUUACCUUCCGCAGCUGGCUUCAUUCAGUAAAGGAAAUAGACCUGGCGCUGUGGAGGAGUGCAGAGGCCAUCGCUAAUGAUAAGAGGGAGUUUAUGAACGACGGAGAAUGGGAACUGUUGUCUAUUCCUUCUAGCUACUGGCAAGUCCACCAGGACGACACCGACUAUGCCCAUAUCCAGUUCAACGUGUUGAUCCGCCGGCGCCCCCUGCUGUAUGUGGUGGGUCUCCUUAUCCCCAGCAUCUUCCUCAUGCUGGUAGAUGUGACCAGCUUCUACCUGCCUAUAAGCAGCGGUACACGCAUAACCUUUAAGGUCAGCAUCCUCCUGGGCUACACUCUCUUCCGAGUCAACCUGGCAGAUGAACUGCCUGCCACAGUGGUCAAUACGCCACUCAUAGGUGUGUUCUUCGCUGUGUCCAUGGCCAUGCUGAUGCUCAGCCUGAUCAUGUCUAUUUUGGUGGUGAAGCUGCUCUACCACAGUGAGAAGGAGGUCAGGCAAAUGUCAGUUUCUGCCUGCCUGCUGGACAAGUACGGCUCAGCUUCUCAUGGCUUCACAGAGAGCGCUCUAACCUCCAUUAAGACCCUCGAUCACAUCAACCCCUCCGGAGAUUACGAAUUUGACCUCUCAUUGGAGGAGGACCUGCUAUCCCUGAAUGAGAUCCAACAUGCUCCAUCCGGGCUGGAGUGUCUUCUCCAGGACCUGGUUUCCCUCCACCUGGCUUUAUCCCAGGAGGAUAGUGAGUCUUUGGUUCAGGCUGAAUGGCUGGCCCUUUGCUCGAAACUCGACUGCUUCCUGUUCCGCUUUUACCUGUUGGUUCUGGCCUCGUAUGCCGGCACGCUGCUAAUGCUCUGGACCAUUUGGAACUAUGCCUGACCGCAUGAUCAGAGACUUAAUGGUUAUAUAUGAAUACUGUAAAAUAACUUAUUGCGUUCUACUUUACAGUGAUUUGGGAUGUAGUAGUUUAGUCUGUUUGAGAAGCCCAAGUAGAUUUCAAUGCAAAGAAAGGGAUGCAGAAUUAUAAUUAUAAGUGUGUUUGAGUUAAAAAAGUGCUCAUAUUUAAUUGUCUUUCCACAAACGUUAUUAUAAAAAUUACAUAGAAUAGGAUACACUUUAUAGUGUGUGCCAACAUUUAACCAAUGCCUUUACAACAUACUGUAUUAUUAAAAUUAACCUUGUAUUUUUGUGGGUUUUGCAGUCGUGGUAACAUUUGCGCUCAUCAAAAGAGAAGGGGUAAGAAAUAUCAGAAAUAUCAGAAUAUCAAUUAGACCGGUUGUAAACAAACCGUUAUAAUAAUUAAUAUGAUAUCAAAUUAAUUAAUUUCAAGUUUGAGGUGGCCAUUAUAAAUUAUAUCACUCUUCAGACUCCCUCCAUCACCCCAGCUGUCUUCUCAUAUCAUUGAACAUUCACGACUGAUAUUUAUAAGAGGUCAAAGUAGUUGUAGAAUGAAGUCCACCUGGAAACUAUAAUGAAUGUGUACAAUGGGUCAUUUAGAUAGACAGAUAUAUACUUUAUUUAUACCCAGGGAUGAAUAAAGUAUGUAUCUAUUUGUUUGUAGGACCAGCAAGCAAGGUUACAAAAUAUACAAUACAAUAAAAUAGAAGAGCAUUUAGGUCAUCACUUUACUGUUUGCCUUUGAUUUAUUCAUCUUUUAAAUAUGUUUGGCAUACGUCUUAUCUGAUCAUGAUUCGUGCCGCAGUGUCAUUAAGUGUUCCCAAAUCUCAGCUAUGGAUUAUAUAACCGAUACUGAUUGCCAAAAGUACAAGAAUGAAAUUCAAGGUGUCUGAAACCAGACAUAUCCUUCAUAUAUAGUGCUUGCAUAACCUCCAGAUAUUGCAUUGCCACUGUACAGCAACAUUAUAGUUUGAGACAUGAUUGUUUCGCAUCUGUUAUCAUGAAUUCCCGACAGUGAAGAUUGACUCAAAGAAACGGUAUAAUAAAGCAGCUCUCUGGAGAAAAUCCUCAGUGCCAGUGUGAUGUUAUGAUACUGUAUUCACACUUUAAUCUCUACCCCAUUGCCACACAAUAGAUCAAUAAAACCCAUUCAGAGCUCAUCUGAUGCGUCUCCAUUCCCUGUUGGUUUCCUAAUAGUCCUAGAAUAUCAAAAGUGCAUCACAAGAAACUUGCCGGUGGAAAGAUCCAUACUAAUGCACUUUUCAAAGUAUCUGCAAACCUUUUCUUCCAGUGGAUCUGGUUACAUGAUGUUAUGCAACUAAGCUGAAAAUCAAUGUUUAGUAAGUACUUUGUUACUGUCUGUGUAGGAGGUAACAAAAGCUGGAUAUUAAAGUCGAAGCUUUGAGUUUUUCUUUGUUUUUUCUUUGUAUGUCAUCUCAAGAUGAAUGUAUCUGUUAUUUGAUAUACCAAAAAAAAGCCUUUAAGUGUAUUGUUCUGUGAAGAUACUACAUAACAGAAGUGAAAAUAAAAGCCUCACAAA